UCUGCUUCCAAGAGCUCGCUUUGCUUGCUUGCGCAAAUGGCGGUUCUCUGCUUCCAUUCUCUCACUCCGUCCGCUCAGACUUUCAAUCUCCUUAACACCUCCUCCUCCAAAUCUCGUAACAACUUCUCGCCGCCUCUUUCUCGUGGCCGAUCUCUUAAGGUCCGUCGCUGCUCGCGGACAAUUCUUAGCGUCGCCACACCCUCAUCCCCUCCGGCUCCCACCGAAGAGAGUAGUCUCGAAUUCCCAGAACUCGAAGCAACUUCCUCCUCUUCUUUAUCGUCAUCUUCUUCCGAUACCUUCUCGUGGAGAGAUCACUGGUACCCUGUCUCCCUCAUCGAGGAUCUUGAUCCCCGCAAGCCUACUCCCUUUCAGCUCCUAAACCGCGACAUAGUCCUCUGGAAGGAUCCGAAAUCUGGCGAUUGGAUCGCCUUUGACGAUGUUUGCCCCCACCGUCUCGCACCCCUUUCGGAAGGGAGGAUCGAUGAGGAUGGUUGCUUGCAGUGCUCGUACCAUGGAUGGUCGUUCGAUCGGAAGGGCUCGUGUGUGCGAAUUCCACAGGCGAUGCCCGAGGGGCCGGAGGCUCGGGCCCUGCAGUCGCCGAAGGCAUGCGUGACUAGACUUCCAACGAGGGUUUCUCAGGGAUUGCUCUUCGUGUGGCCAGAUGAGCACGGUUGGGAGAAGGCCAUGGCUUCCGAGACUCCAGGGUUGCCGGCUGAAUUCGAGAGUCCGGAUUUUUCUACGGUGACAAUCCAAAGGGACUUGUUUUAUGGUUAUGAUACGCUGAUGGAAAAUGUUUCUGAUCCUUCACAUAUUGAUUUUGCUCACCACAAGGUUACUGGAAGAAGGGAUAGAGCUAAGCCUCUACCAUUUAAAUUGGAGAAUAGUGGCGCCUUGGGAUUUUCUGGAGCUGAUUCUGGAAAUCCUCGUAUAAGUGCUAAAUUUGUAGCCCCUUGCUAUUACAUAAAUAAGAUAGAGAUUGACACCAAAGUACCUAUAUUUGGAGAUCAAAAGUGGGUCAUUUGGAUUUGUUCCUUCAACAUACCCAUGGCACCGGGGAAGACACGUUCCAUUGUGUGUAGUGCCAGAAACUUUUUCCGGUUUACAAUGCCAGGUCCAGCAUGGUGGCAGUUAGUACCACGCUGGCAUGAGCAUUGGACUUCAAACAAAGUUUAUGAUGGUGAUAUGAUUGUGCUACAAGGACAGGAGAAAAUUUUUCUUUCAAAGUCCAUGGAGGCUUCUGUUGAUGUUAAUCAGCAAUAUUCAAAAAUUACAUUCACCCCAACACAGGCAGAUCGUCUGGUUUUAGCAUUUCGGAAUUGGUUGAGGCGCUAUGGUAAUGGCCAGCCUGAAUGGUUUGGCUUUGUGAACCAACAAUCUCUACCAUCCACUGUUCUAUCUAAACAUGAGAUGCUGAACCGUUACGAACAACAUACACUGAAGUGUUCAUCAUGCAAAGGUGCUUACGAGGGCUUCCGCAAUUGGCAGAAAUUACUUGUUGCUGCGACAGUUGUUCUUUGCGCCUCUGUUGGAAUUCCGUCCGAGCUGCAACUGCGGCUUCUGCUUGCAGGUUCUACUCUACUCAGCGCUGCUUUGGCUUAUUUAUUGCACGAGCUUCAAAAGAACUUUGUAUUUGUUGAUUAUGUGCAUGCAGAGAUUGAUUGAAAAAACAAUGGUUCAUAGCUUUUUAGAUAUAUAAGAAACCAUAUGUUGUCGUUAGUAGAGCGUUGUAGGGUUAAAACCAGAGGCUAAAUUGCAUUUAGCUGUGAAGGAUUUCACAAUUCUGAUAUAAAUAUGUACAGAGAGGUAUGAUACACAAAUAUUGUGCAGAGAGCACAGACCUGAGAUUUGUUUGUAGUGUAGCAUUAUGAUUUGAAGAUUAAAAAUAUUGGAAAAA